AUGGAGUCUGUCACGCGCUCGGAAGCCGGCUCGGAUCAGCCCCAUGAUUUAAUCAAAGACAAUGCAGUCGUGAUGUCAUCCGACCGUGAUGAUGCUUCAUCGCAAGAGCAGACUUCCCCAGCCAGAACCCCUGGAAAGUUUGAUGUACUUGUCCAGGGCGUCGCCUUGUUCUCGGACGGAUAUAACAUCCAGAUUAUCGGUUACAUGAAUACUGUUUUGGCUAAGUUAUAUCCGAAAGAGAUGACCAGCCAAGUCAAGACGAGACUAUCCAACUCAAUUCUAAUUGGUGACAUUUUUGGUAUGCUGAUCUUUGGACUUUGCAUCGACAAAUUCGGUAGAAGAGUUGGCAUCAUUCUUACCACCCUCUUCUUGGUCCUUGGUAUUGUCAUCGCGACCGCAGCUCAUGGAACUACGGUAGAGGGCAUGUUCUGGAUGAUGGUGAUCGGCCGCGGUGUUGCAGGAGUGGGCGCCGGUGGAGAAUACACCGUUUGCACAUCUCAAGCUCUCGAGUGCGCCGACAGCACCGAGGCAAUGAGGAAGAAACGAGGAAUGCUCGUUGCCGUUUCCACAAAUGCUGCAAUCAUUUCUGGCUUUGUGGGCUCCAGCAUCGUUUCCCUGAUUGUAAUUGCUGCCUACAACGGCCAAGCCAGCGAUGGCAUCUGGCGAAUUUGCUUUGGAAUUGGCAUCUUUUUGCCUCUUGUCAUCUUCUUCUUCCGCAUGCGGCUGGCCGACUCGCAACAGUACCAAAAACACGCCAUCCAACAGAACAUCCCCUACUGGCUCGCCAUCAAGUUCUAUUGGAAGGCCCUUCUAGGUUGCUGCACCGCCUGGUUUCUCUACGACGCUGUGGUCUAUCCCUUCAACCUGCUCGCCCCGACUCUUGUUGCCGGCUUCUCAUCCCAGCAAACAAUGAUUCAGUCCAUCGGCUGGUCAGCCCUGAUCAAUGCAUUCGCUCUUCCAGGUGCUUUUAUCGGAGCUUUGUUGAUGGAUCGAAUUGGCCGUCGUCAGACUUACGCACUUGGCUGGACUAUUGUUUGCGUCUUUGGCUUCGCCAUCGGCGGCUCCAUGAUCCAGCUCAACAACAUUUUCCCGUUGUUUGUUACUUUGUACGGCUUGUUUCAGACGUUUUUGUCGGUAGGACCUGGCGACUGCAACUUCCUUGUCUCUAGCGAGUCUUUCCCGACCCCAUUGAGAGGACAUUUCCUUGGAUUCGCGGCGGCUGUUGGCAAAGCUGGUGCAGCGAUCGGCACAACUGCCCUGAGCGAAGCCCUCGCCAGCUUUGAUGACCGUCUAAAGGGUCAGCAAGCUAUUUUCCUCAUCGGAAGUGGCAUCUCGGUCGUUGGCACUUUAUGCGUUUGGUUCUUGAUUCCUGACGCACCUAAAAACCUCGAAGACGAGGAUGUAAGAUUCAAGAAAUAUCUCGAAGCGAACGGAUAUGACACUAGCAAGAUGGGACUUAAGGCUUGA